GGUGGCUGCCUCUUCCUUGAACGUUUCCAAGUGACGUAGAGCCCUGCAGGCUCAGAGCCCCCUCCACACUUCCUGUCUGGGGUUCAGAAACCUGCCUCCUCUCCCAUCCUUGGGUGCCUGCUUCGGAAAAUGAAGUAAUAAACCUACCCACCUCCGCCAUCUUAGGUAAAGUAAGUGUCCAGUAAGGGAAGGAUGCAGCUGGGUGCUCUCUGGGUAGUUCUGGGACUCUGCCUCUUAUCAGGUGGUACUUGGGGGCAGCCAGAGAGUGAAGAACCUGAUGAAGAUACACAGAAGACUGAAGAUACAUGGAAGAAAUAUAAAGUCUCCAUCUCUGGAACCAGGGUAGUGCUGACAUGCCCCGUGGAAUCAGAACAAAUACAAUGGGAGCACAAUAAAGUGCUCCUACGCGCUGAAUCUGAAGUCCAGCUAGUACGGGAGUAUUUUUCAGAAGUGGAGAACAGUGGUCGUUACUCCUGCUGUAAAAGCACCGACAAGGAGAACAAGCACCAUCUCUACCUGAAAGCAAGAGUGUGCGAGAGCUGCAUGGAGGUGAAUCUGAUGGCGGUGGUCGCAAUCAUCAUAGUUGAUAUCUGCAUCACUCUGGGCUUGCUGGUGGUGGUUUAUUACUGGAGCAAGAACAGAAAGGCCAAGGCCAAGCCUGUGAAGCGAGGGAUGGGUGCUGGCGGCAGGUCCAGGGGACAAAACAAGGAGAGGCCGCCACCUGUUCCCAACCCGGACUACGAGCCCAUCCGGAAAGGCCAGCGGGAGCUGUAUUCUGGUCUGAAUCAGAGAAACGUCUGAGGGCUCCUGAUGAUCCCUGCCUCCCACCACCCAGCUCCUGCCCCUUUCACAGAGCCUGGACCUGGAGCCAGCCCUGGGCUCCCUCCCCUCUGCCUCCACUCAGGGCCCCCGGGCAGUCACUGGCAUCACCCCCAGCAAUGCUCUAGCUCCUCAUCAGCUGAGAAAGAAGAGAAAUAAAGUGUCUUUGCCUGUAAGAGCCACUGUCCCUCUUUUC